AUGGAAGUGGCCGCUCCCAUGAUUGCUAUGUCAGCAGGGGUAGAUCGCGGGGUGCGUGCAUUCGGCCGCUCGGGCUGGGGCGGCGGUGUCGGAGUCGCCGGGGCGCAGGCGCGGACAUUGCACCCCUAUCGACAGGGAUGUACUAGUGAAAAGCUCGCUUUAAAUAGAUUCAAAGCUUUCAUCCCAACGUUUAAUGUCACACGCAUGGGCCUUGUAAGAGGAGUCCCAUCAGACUGGUCUUUGGAAGAAGUUAAAGAGAAUAUCUCUACUCCUAUUGGCUGUGGUAAUAUCUUAAAGCCCUACACUGUACCAGAGGAGCGAAUAGUGUGCUGCAAGGGCUGGGUGUACGACGUGCAGACCGACUCCUGUGCCGCCAUCUGCAGUACCGGGUGCACUGGCGGGCGGUGCAUCGCCCCUGACGAAUGUCACUGCGACCCCCCCGCCACUCUCGACCCUGACCACAAGAACACUUGCAUCCAACCCGCUUGCGACCCACCCUGUUUCAAUGCCAAAUGUGGUGUCAACAACACCUGUUCCUGCCUACCUGACUACACCAUACACAACUCUACACACUGCUUCAAAUGUGAUCCAGGUUACUCUUUAAACAAAGACUUUAUCUGCACUCCAGUUUGCGACACCCCCUGCGUCAACAGCAACUGCACUGCACCCAAUAAGUGCUCAUGUUUCACAGGAUAUAAAACUGUCAACGACAAUGUAUGCGAACCUUCAUGCGAAGCUUGUGUGAACUCGACUUGUACAGCGCCGAACACAUGUUCAUGCCUUGACGGGUACAAGAAGUUCAAUGAUACAGUAUGUACUCCAAAGUGUGAAAACUGCGACGGAGACUGUAUUGAACCGAAUGUUUGUAACUGUCGAGAUGGGUUUGAGAAUAUUGAUGGGGUAUUGCUAUACUUCGAUGCAGUAGAUUAG